UUCUGGUGCGGUUUAAGCUACACCUGAAAUUAACAAACAUUCGAGGAUGGAAUUUUGGAUACCUGUGCACCAUCAGCGAUAGUGGAAAAAGUGUGCCUCCUUAUCAACGCCCAAGCCCUUGCACCACACUCAUCAUAAUUGAUGUAUUAUUUUCUUCAAAACACUUAGUGACUGUGUGACAAGAGCCCGUGUAAACCAGUAAAUCAGGUGUACUGAAGUGAUUUUUUACUUGUAAAAACGACAUUGAACAAAACUAAAUAAUGGAGCUUCAAAAUCAAAUUUAUUUGAUAACUGCCAUUUUCGGUGGAGUAUGCACACUUUUACUGGUGUUCAUCAUGGUGUUGGCAAUCUAUGUGAUCAAUCUCAAGAAGACUAUGAUUGUUAAAGAGCCUGAGAGAAAAUAUGAAAACUAUGGAUUCGAGCAUGACGUUCCUGUUCAUAACAUAACGGAUGAUCUGCGGUCUAUGAAGUCUGAAGUUAACCGACGACCACCACCACCGCACAAAAGCAAUCUUGCGAAACCGCGCAAUGAUGACACUCACAUUCACAACAACGUUCGGCGAACAGAAAAACGUCCAGCGACAGCAGGGAUGGGUCGCGAUGAACGGAAGCGUCAGUAUUCCGAAAGCGGUGAUACUUCUGGCCGGGACUUCGACAGUGCUUUCGACAAUGAGAUAAACAACAUGUUCGAUAUCGAUGAUGAAGAUGAUGACCAAAGUGUGGUGAGUGAUCGAAAUUCACGUUACAAUCAACAGGGUCGUCAAAAGAGCACAGCACCGCCGCCACCGUCAGUUGGGAUAUCAGCUAACCGAGCAAAUCGCAACCAUCAACAGCAGCAGAUGGGACGACAGGUGAGAGGGAAUGGCUAUCCCAAUUCUGCAUACCAUUCGGGCAAUCCACACGAAGGGAAAACAUACUUUAAUGAGCGAGGUAUGUAUUAGAUAAGUACCGAACGAUUGCGAACAUAUAAAUAACACAUUUAUUAUUAAAAAUCACGAUUAUAUUACUUAACAAAAGAGUAUUAUUA